AUGGAAAAUCAGGUACUCAGCGAGAACAUUAAGAAUCUAUGCAGUGUUCUAAACGCGAAAUACAUGGAGCAAUACUUCGGAGCCGUACCUAAACGCUCGGCCACCGACCUAGCCGCCUGCCUCGUCCACGACAUCGAGGUGGCCCUCGCUAGGGAGAACGCAGAAGGGCUCCCCACUGGACGCGAUCGCACUCGCGACUAA